AUGACCUCCUCAUCCUCGAGCGAUUUGAUCAGCGACUACAUGAUGACGAUACCCGAGAGCGGAAUGGCGGAAUCGCCCAAGCCUGGGCGAACAAGAUCAUCUUCCGCUUCAUCUCCCUCACCAGGCGCCGAGAAGCCCUCGCACAUCGACAUCGAUUUGGAGAAGAAGGGGAGCGAUCCAUCCGGUGGCCAGCUCCCAUACGACGAUGAAGCUUCAUCCAAGAAAGGGGGAGAAGAUACAGCGGUGCUCGUCUACCCGAGCUGGGCCUACAACCCCGUGGGGCGAAUCGUCUACGCGGGCUGGCAGUUCGUGAAGGAGCACUUUGGCGAGGGGAGCGUCGGCUCGUCCAUCUUCGUCCUCCUGAGCGCCACCCUCGGUGCCGGCACGCUGGCCUUCCCCUUCGCCUUCAAAGAGUGCGGCUGGGCACUCGCCAUCUUCCUCAUGGCGGUGUGUGGGCUGGCGGCGUUCUAUUCGAUCUACCUGCUGGUGCUGUGCUCGAUCAUUACGGGCAGGAACUCAUAUGAGGAACUGGCCCACUCGGUCUUUGGCCGCGCCACGGAGAUCGUGGUCGAUAUCUCCAUCAUCAUCUUCACCUGGGGCUCCACAGUCGCCUACAUGGUCAUCAUUGGUGACACGCUGCCGCCACUAAUGGAGCUGUUCGGCGCGGGGGACACCAUCAUGGCCGAGCGAUGGUUUCUUCUCGUGUUCUCCACUAUCUUCAUCAUUUUCCCUCUCACUCUCCUCUCGCGGAUCAAUUCUCUUCGACAUACUUCCUUGCUCGGCUUUGCGGCUACGGCCUAUCUGCUGGUGGCUGUCAUUGCCGAUACGUCACGACGUAUAGCCGACCAUGGGCUGGACUCGGACAGAGUGAGCGCAGCCAACUUCAGCUCUCGUAUAUUCGUCGGUCUGCCCAUCAUCUUCUAUGGCUUCUCCAGCCACGUCAACAUCUUUUCCAUUUACCGCGAGCUGAAGACCCCCACGCUGGCGAAGGCCACGCAAGUGAUCGCGGGCAAUAUCAUUAUCGCAUUCCUCGUCUACGGCACCCUGGGUCUCUUCGGCUACCUGGCCUUCCUUGAGAAGACCGACGGCAACAUACUGGAGAACUACGCGCCUGAAAACAUUGCAAUUCAGCUGGGCGCCUUGGCUAUGACCAUAUCUGUGGUGUUCUACAUCCCACUGAACACUCACCCGUGCCGCAUCACGAUCGACUGGAUGAUCACCUCCCUUUCCAAAGAGCUUGCUAAGGUUGAUAUCACCGUGCGAUACGUGGUCGAGACGAUCAUCAUGGACGCUUUGGCGCUGCUCAUUGCCAUCGCUGUGCCCAACGUUGUAGUGGUGUUUGGUCUGUUGGGCGCUACGGCGACAUCGCUGUGCUGCUACGUCAUGCCGGGGCUGCUCUACAUCAAAGCCGCCAACCUGCCCUGGGCCUCCAAAGAGGCCUUCCUGCCUCUUUGUCUCGUCACUGGUGGCACGCUGUGCGGGAUCAUCUCGACGGUGGUCAUCAUCUUCGACAUGUUUGAGGACCCUGGACAACUGGAGUAG